AUGCUCUUGCCGCCGUACGCGCUGCUGAUGCCAUUCGAGAGGCGGGCGAGGGAGGCGGUGAAGUGGGCCGGCGUGAAGCGGCUGGGGGUGCCGAGGCCGAUGCCCUGCGGCGACAACUGCGUCAUCAGCAUAAACUGGCACGUGGCGACGGACUACCCCAGCGGGUGGAGUGCGCGGGUGAUGCUGUUCAACUUGGAGGAGGCGGACAUGGCGGAGUGGUUCAUGGCGGUGGAGUGGAGAUGGAGGAGGAGGGGUUCUAGUUCGAGCAGGCGUUCACAAUUGGGUUUAGCAUCUGAGCCUAAGCUAAUUACGGCCCACGACUACCAGCCCGGCCCAGGCCCAUCUUCAUGGCCCUCGCUGCCACCUCCUCAUUGCCCCCUCGCUUUAUCGUCUCCCAAAUCCACUCCGCUUCGUCUCCCUCCCUCCCCACCUCCACCCAUUGCGGCCAUGGCGACCCCGCAGCAAUGCUGGCUCCCCACCGCCGCGCGCGCUCCCCCUCCUCCCUUCGCGCCCCUCCGUCUGGGCCCCGUCUCCGGAGCUCCCGCCUCCCUCCGCUUCCGUGGGCGCCGCGCCGCGUCGGCGUCGGCGGGGAGGAGGAGGAGAGCCUCCCCCAGGUGCACGUUGGAGACGGCUGGCCCUGUGUUUGAUCCGCUAGGGCUGUACAACGGUGGGCCGUCGAGGCCCGAUACGCAGUCCUCGCCGCUGUCGAACUUCUUCGGCAUCCUUUCGCCGGUGUUUGGGAGCUCCAGUGGCGCCAGGAAGGAGAAGUCCUCUUAUGGACGGGGAGCGGCAGCUGCAAUUGAAGAUAGUUCCAUUGACAUUGGUGACUUCUUCAAGGGACCUCUACCUGGGAAAUUUUUGAAGCUCCUUGGUUAUUUGGCCUUGUCUCGACUUGGUAUUUAUAUACCUCUUGGUGGAGUUAACCGUGAUGCUUUUGCUGGUAAUCUUGACCAGAACAGUCUACUAGGGACUUUAGAUUCUUUUUCUGGUGGAGGUAUUGGCCGCCUUGGAAUAUGCUCCCUUGGUAUUGUUCCGUUUAUCAAUGCACAGAUUGUGUUUCAGCUUCUUGCACAACUUUAUCCAAAGUUGCAAGACCUUCAGAAAAAGGAAGGGGAGGCAGGAAGAAAGAAAAUUCUUGAGUAUACAAGAUACGCGUCUGUUGGUUUUGCAAUUGUCCAGGCUAUUGGACAAGUCCUUUAUCUUCGCCCUUAUGUUAAUGACUUCAGCACAGAAUGGGUCCUCACAUCUGUGACAUUACUGACACUUGGAUCGGUGUUUACGACUUUCAUUGGUGAAAGAAUAUCUGAUUUAAAACUUGGCAAUGGAACAUCUCUUCUUAUAUUUACAAGUAUAAUAUCAUAUUUGCCUGCAUCGUUUGGAAGGACAGUUGCACAGGCAUUUCAAGAUGGAAAUUAUGUUGGGCUUCUAACAAUCAUAUUAUCAUUCAUUUUCUUAGUUCUUGGGAUUGUUUAUGUCCAAGAAGCUGAGAGGAAAAUUCCACUAAAUUAUGCUUCUCGAUACAGUAGUCGGAGUGGGGGACUCCAACGAUCUGCAUAUCUACCAUUUAAGGUCAAUAGUUCUGGUGUCAUGCCUAUAAUAUUUUCUACAUCUUCUUUGGCCUUGCCUGGUACUUUGGCACGAUUUACUGGCUUAGACUUUCUUAAAAAGGCUGCCAUAUCCCUAAAUCCGGGAGGGGCUUUGUAUAUUCCAACUAAUGUACUGCUUAUAGCCUUUUUCAAUUACUACUACACCUUCCUUCAAUUGGAUCCUGAUGAUCUUAGUGAGCAAUUGAAGCGUCAAGGUGCUUCAAUACCACUUGUGCGGCCAGGAAAAAGUACAGCUGCCUUCAUAAAAACAGUUCUUAGUCGUAUAUCUGUCCUAGGAUCUGCCUUUCUUGCUGUAUUAGCUGCUGGACCAUCUGUGGUUGAACAAAUCACUCACUUAACUGCGUUCCGGGGAUUUGCUGGUACAUCAGUGCUUAUCCUUGUUGGUUGCGCAACUGACACAGCUCGGAAAGUUCAGGCAGAAAUAAUUUCACAGAAAUAUAAGAACAUUGAGUUCUAUGAUGUCAAUCGUUUUGACCAAUGAUUUAUGGCACUGUUCAUUCUUUUUGACUCAUACUAAAUGUUCUGUUGUAUUAUAAGUGGGUCAUGUGGUACAGUGGUAGCAUUUAAGAUAACAAACUUCUAUGUCCUUAUAUCGUGCAUAUCACUGAUAUAUAUCUACUUGAGCAGAACUCAUACUUCCUUAUGUACAUAAAUAUAUUAGAAUUUUUUACCUCGGACCAUAUUGCUCAGUGCUCACUUCCUUAUUGUUAAAUUAUUAGAAUGAUCCAUGAGAUUUGGCAGAGUAAUUAAGACAUCACGAGAGGAUGAGAAGAAGAGAUCAGGACUUAAGUUAGUGAACUAUUUUGUUCUACACAUGGGGCUAUUGCAACUCCAAUAUAGCUGGCUUGUGCUUGUUUCGAGUUUGUAACUCCCCAUGUUUUCUGGAGGCAUCUUUUCAGAUUUUUGUUCUUUAUCUUAAAAUUAUUUUAAGUGUAUUAUUGAUGGUUCAAUGCCCAAACAUCUGUUUAAUUCAAACUAUUUUUAUUCAUCAUCUUAUGUGGAGGUGACCCACAUUU